AUGGGUGCAUCAACAAUACCCCAGGGCUUUACCCCAGCCACCGCCGGGUUCACCUGUAACUCAUGCUGUGUUCGGUUCGUGAGUGCAGAUUUGCAAAGGCAACACAUGAAGACCGAAUGGCACAGAUACAAUCUUAAGAGAAGAGUAUCGGGACUACCGCUGAUUUCUUCCGAUGUGUUUGCUGAAAAAGUGCUAGCGACUCAAAGCUCAGCUCACAGUUCUGAUGAGGAGGAAGAUGAGUAUGGUUUCUACAUAAACCACAGAAGGAGAGCUGGCAAGGGUCAGCGUCAGAUUACGAAAAAGGAGUUAAGGCAGAUGGCCAGGGUUGAGCGAGGAAGAGAGCCGAAUAUCUCAGAGGUUGAAGUUCUUAGGGGAGUGAGUCCCGCUGCGUCAUUGGCGUCUACGUUCUCUCUCGGAGAAUCUGAUCAUUUUCUCUCGGAAGGAGACUUCGAUACUGGUUCAGAGUUGAACUACUCUGAAACUGAUUCUUAUUACACAGGGGGCGUUUCCGAUACGGAUGAGCUGUACAUGAGUGGGUCAGACUCUGAAAUUGAGGAGCCGCUUGAGGUGUUGCCAAAUCACUAUUGCUUUUACUGUGACAAGAACAAUCAUCUGAUUGAAGCCAACGUUAGACACAUGCUGAACACGCAUGGCCUCUAUAUUCCCGAGAGAACUUACUUGAAGGAUUUGGAUGGGUUGCUCACGUUUCUUAACGAGGUGAUCAGUAUCGAUCAUGAAUGCCUCACCUGUGGAUUUGAAGGCAAGUCAUUGGAGAGCAUUAGACAACACAUGAUUUCAAAAGGUCAUUGCCGCAUGCCAUAUGAGUCUAAGGAGGAGAAGGAAAUUUUUGAAGAAUUCUAUGAUUUCUCGCUAGCUUCAGCACUGCCUGACUCCGCUGGCACGAAAAAGAGAGUCACCUUUUCUGAUGAGCGUGGACCCCUGGACUAUACCCUAGUUGAGGUUGAAGAUUCACCAAAUUACACCCCGUAUUCAAGAGAGCUUGUUCUUCCCUCGGGAUCACGGAUUCUGCACAGAGAAAGCAGGCAGCCUCGUCUGUCUGUCACGAGCUUGGUGCCUCGAGAUGUUCCUGAGCUGACUAAGACGGUAGCUCUCGUUGACAGACGGUUUGCACCAGGGCUCACGCUGCUUGAUGUUGCCAAACAGGAGAAGGAUGUCCAGCGAAUCGAGCAAAGAGCGAGAAACAUCCACGAGAGAAGGAAGAAGACAAAGAAGGUCAAUUACCAAGCUCACUUCAGAGACGAGCUCCUUCAGUGA